AUGAUAAAGGCUAUGAGUGAUGUUGGUCUCCAUAGCCUGCCAUGUGCCGCUCACACCAUCCAGCUGGUUGUCAACGAGGGCCUUUUAGCUCAGCGAAGUGUUGCUGAUGCGGUGGCAGUCGGACGUAGAAUAGUUGGACAUUUUCAACAUUCUGCCUUAGCCUACUCCCGCCUGGAAGACAUUCAGAUGCAGCUCAACAUGCCAAUAAGGGCAGAAGCAGGCUAUGUGAUCCCUGCGGUCACUGUGCUUCAGAAACUUUUGACCAAAGAAACAGACGAGGACCAUGGCAUCAAAACAAUGAAGGGAACCUUGUUUGCAGUCGUCAAGAGACGCUUCACGGACACGGAAAAAAACCCGCUCUACUGCAUUGGAACAGUAUCCGAGUGGGAAAGCUUAGUGAUACAGAGUCAGAAUGACUGGGGAGUGACUUACACUUCUACUGAGAUCUGUGCCUUCAAAGGAUCAACAGUGGAAAUAAACUGCACCUACACAUACCCAUCCAGAAUAAAUGGCAACGAUACUACAGUUGAGAAAACAUUCUGGUUUAAAGGUGAUAAAAUUGUGGAUCUGAAAACAAAGUCAGAGUAUUCAGGUCGUGUGGAGUAUAACUGUUAUAUGAACUACUGCACUCUGAGAUUCACAGACCUGAGAGAGAGCGACUCAGCUGAGUACAAGUUCAGGUUCAUAACAAACCAACCAGGUGGGACAUAUACUGGUUCACCUGGAGUCACUCUGUCUGUCACAGAUCUCCAGGUGCAGGUGAGCAGAUUACAGAUCUAUGAGUCUUAUAACUGGGCAGAGCUGAAGUGUCACAGCAGUUGUCUUCCACCUGGUCAUCCUUCCUACAUCUGGUACAAGAAUGGACAGAACAUUUCAGAAGGAACAUCUUAUUCAGCCUACUUUUAUCCUGCAGACAGUUUUUCCUGUGCUGUACGAGGAUAUGAGAAGUCCCGCUCUCCUUCAGUGUAUGCUCCAAAGCUUCCCUCUGUGUCAGUGAGUCCCUCUGCUGAGAUAGUGGAGGGCAGUUCAGUGACUCUGACCUGCAGCAGUGAUGCUAACCCAGCAGCUAAUUAUACCUGGUAUAAAUAUCAUGGAAAUCCAAACCUUCAUCUUCCCAGUAAAGAACCACAGCUUAUCUUGAGCUCCAUCUUGCCCUCUGACUCUGGAGAGUAUUACUGUGCAGUAGAGAAUGAUCUGGGAAUGAGGACAUCUGGAUUAGUCCAUGUUAAUGUAAAAU